UCUCCCUACAAAAACCAACCGUGUUCGGCCUCCCUUGUUGUUGUUUUACCUAUCCGAUCCAAUCCGUUGUUCAAUCGCGGCCGACGAGCAACGUGGUUCUACAGCUCAUACAGCUGAGAUCCGAAUCUGCGGAUACAUUUCUCCUCAUUUCGGUGGUUGACGCGAACGGUUUGGGUACCGCCAGGGAAUCCGUGCACUGUUGUGGUACUUUUUCGGUGCGCUUCUGAACUUUCGGCCCGGAUUUCUGAUUGGUCUCGCCAGUUUUUUAAGGUUCUUCUCGUUCUUCUCCAUUUUUGAAGAAAUAGUCCAACCAAAGCAUCAUGGUGUACGAUUGUGGUUCCUGUAUGGUAAAAUACGUGCUGUGUGCAUUCAACUUCAUAAUUUUUGUGACUGGUUCAGUGGUUUUGGGAGUUGGAAUAUGGCUGUUGGUGGAUAAAAAUUCCUUUAUAGCUUUAAUCAAAAUAAUUCCCGUUGAAAAUAUUGAGCAAUUCACAUCGGCAGGAGUUAUAGAACAGGCCUCCUACAUUUUGGUAGCAGUGGGAGCUUUUAUGUUCCUCGUCAGUUUUCUGGGAUACUGUGGAGCCCUAAAGGAAUCCAGAUGUAUGCUCACUUUGUAUGGUAUACUCUUAAUUGCAAUAUUAUUAUUGGAGAUAGCAGCUGGAGUGUUAGCAUUCACCUAUAAAUCGAAAGCAGAAGAUGAAACGAAAAACAUAAUGAAAGCUUCAAUAGAAAAGUACUACAACAGUACUGAUCACAAAGAUGCUGUCACAGUGGCUUGGGAUGCCUUACAAAUCAGCCUACGAUGCUGUGGAGUGGAUGAUUAUACCGACUACCAAGACAACAAAGCAUGGAAAGAACAAGACAACAUUAUACCUCCUUCAUGCUGUGCACUGAAUUCGGAGAAUCAAGUUUUAGACCCAACAUGUACCACGACACCUACUCUGUCCAAUUCGUACUACAAAACGGGAUGUUAUCAGAAGAUCAUCGAAUGGAUCAUGGCAAAUCUCAACAUAAUCAUCCUCACAGCUGGAGUUUUAGGACUAAUUGAAGUUUUAGGCAUCCUGUUUGCUUUCUGCUUAACGAAAAGUAUAAGCGCUUACGAAAAAUAACGAAAAGAAAAGAUGUAAAAUAAUAUCGUUGUUUAAUAUACUACAAAAGGGUGUUUCUAUUCAUUACGUGACUCGUUUUUGGGGAUUUUUUGACACAGGGGGGGUGUCAAAAAAUCUCCCAUUGGUGAAAUGUCGUCAGAUUUACAUCGACCUCCUCCCUAAAUUCACGUGAGAUCUUUCAAAAAUUUUAUUUUGAGUAUAUAUGCGUUGGAUUUAUUUAAAAAAAAACACAAUUUGCGAAAUUAUUUUUUAUUAAGGCUAGUAAAGACUAGUAUCUGAGAUUGUUUAGACCGUGCUCUAAAAUCAUAGUGAUAACAUUAAAUAAUACUUAAAUGGGAACUACUAAAAUUAAUAGGGAAAAUUCAUUCUAAUUCAGUCCUUAGAGACUAGUGCACGGUCUCAAGAGUGACUGUUGGUCUUGGUACCAAAAAAGCCAUGUAAUUUUCAGUAAAAUCAUUUUCUCCUUUACCUUCACUCUGGUUUAGCCACUCUAAACGGUUGUUACUUGCGCACAGAAGUUUAGUAACACCUCUCUUUCUCUCUCUUGUAACAUUUAAACUGCGCGCCAUAAUUUUUGAACCAAUAAGUAUUACAGUUGGGGAUUGGAACCUUUUGUGUUACACAGGAAAAUAAAAACACUAAAUCACCACAAUACACCAAAACACUUUUACUUUUACACUGGACGCGCGUUUCGCUAACCAUGUUAGCAUCAUCAGCAGAUGAUUAAAACUUUAAAAAAUAAAACUUUAGUUUUAGAAAAAAUAAAACUUAGAUAACAUUUAGAUUUAGUGUUUUUAUUUUUUUUAACCAAUGAGUAAUCGGGUAAAACAUUUUCGAUAUAUCAAUACCACAGAGUACAGAAUAUUCUGUACUCAAAAGAGUGCAACCAGACGAGUGCAACCAGAAGAGUGCAUACAGAAGAAUUGUCUCAUUUCGACAUAUUUUAACCUAGAAAUAUGUUUUGCUUUAAAUUAAUCUGAAUUUCUCAUAUUUUUACACUAUCUUUUGGCCGAAAAGAAUUAUGUGGUAUUUGCCGAAACCUCCUCCCCUCACGUGAGAUUUAGUGAGAUUAGGCCUAGAAUCAAGUGGGGAAGGUGUCCCCCCUUGAUUCCCCCACGUAAUUGAUAGACGCCCCAAAGUAUAUUAGACAACAACUCAAAGUAGAUUAAUUCUACGUCAGUAUUAUAUUUAAAAAUAUUGUUUAAUCAAUGUUGAUGAUAAAUGAACAAAAAACGUUGUUGCUAGUGGCGUCGCUAUUGGGUAAUUAGCCAAGACUUUAUUACAAAAAAAAAUGUGAAAAAAGUACAUUCGAUCAAAAAAAAAAGACAGCGUCAAAGUUACCUGGGAAAUGAUAAGAUUUCCUGCCAUUUUGUUGGUAAAAUUAUAUAGUGAGUGUCAUUGAUCGUCAUUUUCAAGCUAAGUUGCUGGAUUAAAGUGUUGUUACAACUAUAUGAUGUUAUAUUUACCUAAAUUCUACGUUGCCUAGCCCCCUACUAAGUACGCCACUGGUAAUUCAAACAAACAAUCAGUGCCUUGAUUAGGGUCUGAAUUUUGUAAAAAUCUAGUCAUAUAUGUAAUCGAGUAAGAAUACGAAUUAUAUAUGUAUACUGUAUAUUAGAGUUUUUGAUCAAUUUUUAGUUGUUUAUUGGAUGCAUUUAUAUACGUCUGUACAUAUACCUUAAGUAAAACGACUGUAUUUAUAAGUUAGUAAUAAAAAAAAUAAAUUAAUAUAUAAGUAUAU